GCCGAAAAAAAAGCAAGAAACCGAUAAAUAAACUGGCCGUCGGGGUUCAGAGUGACUCUGACUCACUGCGAGUGCUCACGCGUUUGCGCGAAUAAAACUCUGAUAUUUUCUUCACCGAUCGAUCACCGGAGACAGAGCGAGAUGUUGGAUGAGACGAUGGGCGCCGGCGGUGGCGGCAGGAGGUCCGGUAAGGGCAGGAGACGGACGGAAGUGAAAAAGAUCGAGGACAGGAUCAAGAGGGAGGUCACGUUCUCCAAGCGGCGAAGGGGGCUGUUUGGGAAGGCGAGCGAGCUCGCGGUGCUCUGUGGGGCGGAGAUCGCAGUCAUCACAUUCUCCCCCCAGGGCAAGCCCUACGCAUUUGGAAGUCAUCGCGGUCCUGCGGCGCUUUUCUGGGUCGGGCGAGGAUGCGGGUGUCGUACGUGGUGGGAUCAGCAGCUGAGUGAGUACCAUCAACAAGAUGUGGAGGCGCUCUGGAGGCGUGGCGAGGGGAGGAAGCGGCAGAGGGUUGGGGACGACAGGGUUAAGCCUCGGUGCUGGUGGGAGGACCCGAUCGAGGACCUCGGGGUGAAGGAACUCGAUGGCUAUAUUGAAAGCCUGGAGAUUAAGGGGGGAAAAGGUCAUCCGCAGGCUGAAGGAGAUUAGCCUGCCGGUUGCCGCUGCCGCUGCGGCUUCUCAGGCUUAUUCGAGCGAGCGUGGAUCAACGGUGGAUUACCCUUUCAAAAUUGCAGAGAAGGCGGCCACUUAGAUGGUAGAGGAUCGUCAGAUCAUGGGAAGCGCUGCUGCUGCCUCUGGGGUGUAUUCCCAGGCUUCGAGCAGCAGUGAUGAGAUCAAUUAUCCAUGGGAUAUGGAGGUGGGGAGCGCCGCCGCCGCGGCUGCCGAGGCUCCGAAUGCAGGGACAUGAAGAUAAUCCGUUGGAUUUGCAGGCGGUGAUUGACAUAAUCGAGGCUGAGGAUCAAGAAUGGGUCCCGGGAGGACGAAUCGAUGAGUACGAGUUGGCUCUGAUAAGCAGCCUCUUGGAGUGUGAUGAUCAUUUCGGGUCAUUGCAAUUAUGAGAUAACAUCGUCGGAAAAUAAUGUCGUGCUGAGCUGACAGAGACACAGCCGAUCGAAGCCCAUAAGCUCGAUUCAAGCAACGAAGAAGAACAUUAACAGAUAAAAAAACCUUUUUAUCUCUCCUGAUUAAUUGGGCUAAUGGAUUGAUUCCUUUUGUGUCUAUAUAUAAAUAUAUAUUUUAAGCCCGCAUUGAUUUGUGGGGUCUAAUUAUUAAUUGACGAUUCUUAGUUUGGUAAUAAUGUCACAAGUUGAUGUUGUCCAAUUCAAGCAACAGUGUCAGUUAUCUUAAACUAGUUCUUGUCUGUGAUUUCCUUAUUUGCAAUUAAUGUUCUGUUUUCUUACCUCA